UCCAGCUGGGUUUGGUCUGAGCAAAUCAUCGGCUCCUGUCUCCACCACCAAUUUUUGACCCAAAAUAAACGGACAAUAUCUACGUCUGGCGAUCGUUAACGGGAGGAUUUACCGCCAUUUUUUGGCUCGAACUCGGUCGUAUUCACCUCCAGUUCCCCACAUAGAUUUUUAAAACCUUUAUUUACCCAUAUUUAUUAUUUUUUCCGCAACCGAAGUGAUGUCUGUCGCGGGGUUGAAGAAGCAGUUCCAUAAAGCCACCCAGAAAGUCAGUGAGAAGGUUGGAGGGGCGGAAGGAACCAAGUUAGACGAUGACUUCAAAGAAAUGGAAAAGAAGGUGGACAUCACCAGCAGAGCGGUGCUGGACAUCAUGACCAAAACUACAGAAUACCUACAGCCUAAUCCAGCAUCCAGAGCCAAGCUGAGUAUGAUCAACACCAUGUCAAAGAUCCGUGGUCAGGAUAAGGGACCUGGUUACCCACAGGCUGAGACCGUCCUGGGUGAUGCUAUGUUGAAGUUUGGACGGGAGUUAGGAGAGGAGUCCUGCUUUGGCAUGGCUCUGAUCGAUGCCGGCGAGUCAAUGAAGGAGCUCGGGGAGGUGAAGGACGCUCUGGACAUGGAGGUCAAACAGAACUUCAUCGACCCACUGCAGAACCUCCACGACAAAGACCUCAAAGAGAUACAGCACCAUUUGAAGAAGAUGGAGGGCCGCCGUCUGGACUUCGACUACAAGAAGAAGCGUCAGGGGAAAGUCCAGGAUGAUGAAAUAAAACAGGCACUAGAGAAGUUCGACGAGAGCAAAGAGAUCGCAGAGCAGAGCAUGUUUAACCUGCUGGAGAGUGAUAUUGAGCAGGUGAGCCAGCUGGCAGCACUGGUCCAAGCUCAGCUGGAGUACCACAGCCGCGCCGCCGAAAUCCUUCAACAGCUCACCAGCAAGAUGGAGGACAGGAUAAAAGAAGUGUCCAGUAAACCAAGGAAGGAGUACACUCCCAAACCCCGAAUGACCCUGGAGCUGCUGCCCCCAAGUGAGAGCCACAAUGGGGGGAUACACUCAGCCAAAUCCCCCGGAAGAUCACCAGCCCCCAUGGACCAGCCCUGUUGCAGAGCACUCUACGACUUCGAGCCAGAAAACGAAGGCGAGCUGGGCUUCAAAGAGGGUGACGUCAUCACCCUGACCAAUCAGAUCGACGACAACUGGUACGAGGGCAUGAUCAACGGCCAGUCGGGCUUCUUCCCCAUCAACUACGUGGAUAUCCUGGUGCCGCUCCCUCAUUAGGUCCCACCAAUGACCUGACCCUUCCCCUCGACCAAUCCAGACACCCCGAAAACAGCCUGUAUUUGCAUAAACAACAAACCACGCCCUCCUUCUACUUCUUCUUCUGUGCUUCUGUGCCAUUCUGCUUUCACAAAAUGGACUGAAAUGAGAGAGGAGCCGGAGACGUGGUGGAUGAGACAAGGCAGUAGGACAGUGAUUAGAGAAGAAGAAGAGAGGGAGAGGAGGAUUUUAGUGUGAGAGAUGCAGAAGAGAGGGAGAAGAGAUUGAAAGAGACAAGAAGACGAAGAGCUGAUGAUCUUUUACAGUGUAACAGUGCUCAGCCGGGCAGCACUGGAUACCAAUGAGGCUUUGGAGACUUACGAAUAAGGCACAGUGUAUUUGUACGUGCAUGUAUGUGUCUGUGUGUGCGUUUCGACCUGUUCUUACUCUAUUAUGAUCAAGCCAGCACAAAUUCCUGCUUGUCAGUUAAACCGCCUGACAGCUUUUUUGUGAUACUGUCUUCUUCCUCUCUUCUUACUUUUCUUGCCAUCUUUCUCUUGGAGUAAUUCUGUCUUUUCUACCUUGACUUGCCUUCUUGUGCUUUUCAACAGCCCUAGAUUUCUCAGCAACUGUCACAGUCUGUCUUUCUUUGUUGCUGUCUCUCUUGGCUAGCACUGCCUUUUAGCAUGGCUCCAUACAGACCACUAACCCAUGAGCCAGAGCUACAGUAGGUCAUCAGCCCCUUCUGUUACUAUUUGAGUAUAUCUCAUACUCUUCUUCAUACAUUCUCUGCCUUUCUCAGAGUCUGCAUAGAAUCUCAGCUCAAUGGCUUGGCUAUGCAUGAACCAGCCAAAUCCAAAAUUUGAGUGAUAGUUAAAUUAAGUUUUCGGGAGUGCAUCUUUGGAAUAAAGCCGUAUCUGCAAUAAGUAGAUUUUUCCAUGAUGAAAAAGAGAGUACUUGAUGACUUGUUCUGAAAUCCAUUUUAUUAUAAUGGGAAUUUUAGCAGGUUUUUAAGGUUUGGGGGUCAGGAAACUCAUUCAGCACGUAAACAAACAUGUCAGCUCUAGCAAUGAAAAGGAAAACUCUGGGUUAUGUGAUUUACCUGACAGCAGUGAUAUGCUAACACAACCAGCACAGGCCCGUUGUACUGAACAGAACCAGGUUGUUUUUUUUCACCAGGUUGGUGAACUGAUAAGCCUCGGCUUGUUGCAGUAUGCACAGAGGAAAAGAUGCUUGUUUUUUCUCUGUGUUUGCCCAUUCACAGUGUUUUGUGUGUAGUGUGUGGAGUAGAUGCUUGUUGAUUCGUCUUAUUUGUGGCUUUUGCAUGCAGGACUGUGUGAACAGUGGUGGCUGUUCUUGAAUUCCCAUAUUAUAUCCACCUUGUUCUUUACCUCAGCUGAUGAGAACCUAGUUUCUUCCAAUUUUCAACUUUGUCGCAGUUCACUGCCUUGCUAAAGGGCACAUCAGUUGUUGACAGAUAUCUCGUCAACUGCCAUGAUCACAAAACUCAAAUAUGGGACAACCUACCACUCAUCUCCAACAGUCUGUUCACCAGCUCUAUUUUGUCUGUUGAGAAUAUUCUAGAAUCUUAAGCACCAACAGAAUAUCCAACAUUUUCUACCAUAUUUUAAAAUUUCCCUAGUGCCCCUAAUUUUGGGUUGUGGAAAACUCUAGAGUACUAACAAAAUUCUCUGAACUUCAGAACAUUCUUGAGGCCUCUAAUCUUUUAGAACUUUUGAACAUUCCAGAAACUUGGAAACAUUCUACACAUCUCAAAACAUUACCUGGUCUAUUGAAAGUCUUUCAACCUCAGUGUUACUGUAAAAGUUUGUCACUAUUUUAGGUCGCCAACACACUUGAGCCCCUCAAAUAUUUCUACAACUUUGACGGGUCCACAGAAUGAUCUAGAAAUGUUUCAGAAUUACGGAAAUUUAGCAAUGUUCUGAAAUGUGCCAUGGAAUUUGAGACACUUAUUAACAUUCUAGAACCUGGGUGACAUGCUGACAUAAUGAAUAUUCUGGGGCAUUCUAAAACACCCUGGAGUGCUCAGAACUUUGAGGAACCCUAAAGACAGUGUAGAUUUAACACAGGAUUCAGAACCCUUCAGAUAUGUUGUAAUACUGUAGUUCUCUCUAAACAGUUGUUGGGGUACAGCAUGAAAUCACAUUUGAAUAUUCCAAACUGAACCUAUCAGGUCAGUAAGCAGUCAGUAUUGGUGGCAACUAUUAGCCAUGCUAGUUCUCAAGUGUGCAUCACAUACAGGAUAAAGAGGGACUUGCAAAAUGGUUAUAAGUCUUACUACUGUAGCUACCUACGAAUUUAUUAGCAGUAUUUUUGGUAAAGGAAUAUUCAGGAACCUACUCUGGCAAAGACCUGGAGAAAAAGGUUGAUGUUACUUAUUGUUAAUUAUAGUACUAAAUAUAUAUAUAUAAGACUACUUAUCACUGAUGUUGGAUUAAACAGAUAGUGACAAAACUACCUUUUAUAGACAAUGCUAACAAUCAGUUCAUGAAAAAACACUGGUAAAACCAAAGUUAUAGGGUUUUGCCUUUGAUGGCAGCAGAGCAGUUUUUAAUAGCAGAAUGUCACUGGUUUUUGUCUCAUAACUGGAUUGGCUGAAGGAUGCAACUGAAGGAUGCCACUACAUGUGAGGAGUUUCACAUGUAGAUCUGCAACUUUCAAGAGUUUUGUUUAAAAUUAGACCAGUUUGAGUUGAGAAUAACAGCAACUGAAAAUGUUCUGGCAGUGGUUAGAGAUCUGUUGUAAGGCGAAUCAGAAGACUGAAAAACGUACUAUCAUGAUUUGAUGGAAUGGCAUUCUUCAUGGUGCUGGGUUUAUAUCAACUCCAUUGUAUAUAUAAAAAAAUUGUGUCAUGAAUAGUGUCAAAGAUUGACUACCGAGCCUGUGCUGUACCCAGGUCAACUUUGUUCUCAUUUAUCAUGAUGACAUUUUUUAAAUUAAAACAGAAACCCAUGUGGUUGGAUAUUUAAUGCAUAGACUGUAUUAUUCAGUUAAAAAGCUUAGGGUUUUUCUAUUCAGGCAUUGCUUGUUAUGUGGUCAAACAUUGGCAGGAAUCUGUGCUAGCAUGACUAACAAUACUGUGCCAGCUGUGGCUAACCAGCUAGUCUUUCACUUCACAUUCCCGUACUUGUGCUUUGGUGAUGCAGUGUUAAGCAGAAUACUACAAAGUUAAAAGUAAGGUAUUUAGUGCCUGAAUGCUGAAUACCUCAACCUAAAUGUAACAUAUUCUGUUAAAUACAGAUGUAAGUAGAAUUUAUUUGGAAUACAUUGUCAAAAGGACGGCCUUCAUUUUAAACAGCUGUACUGUGCAAUCUUUUUGUGUAAUUUUUGCACAUUCUUUAUUGCUUAUUAAUCUGGUGAUGUUGUGAAAACAAAAUUAUCAUACAGUUAUUGUAAUAUAACUGCAAUGUAUUACAAUAAUUGCACUGCUAAUUUCCAUUGGCAGGAGAUUACUGGCAUGGACUAGACCACAUGAAAACAUUUAACUCUUUUUGUAAUUUUAUUUUUAUCAAAAUCUAAGUAACUAACUAACUACUGACAAAUGACUCUUCUCAAUCAGCCCCUGAUUUUUAUUGAAGAUAACAUCACAGCAUUCUUCCUGAGCCAGUGUCUCCUAAUAUUCUGCUACAUGAUGCACACCAAGAAAUUAAGAAACUUUUACACAUAGGUAUGAGGUAUUCUAAAAGUAUUCCUCUCAUUUAUAAUUUUUAAGGUACUUUUUGGUGUUUACUAAUUUACAGAUACUUAAUUUUCUGAAUACUCAUACACCAUGACAACCCAACCCAGUGAUGAUGUCAAAGUGUCAUGACGCUACUGUAGCUAUUUUUGCUACAUCACAAAAACAAAUAACUAAUUGGAAGUGAAUCCAUGGUGCAUUGUUUGUUGUUUCUUAAGCUAUGGGUCAGGGUCAUGAAAUGGGUCACAUCAUGCUGGUUUCUAACAAGUUAGCUGACGACAGUUAUAAUUUACCAGGUUUUCAGCAAACAAAAAACAUUUUAUACAACUUUUGGUUCAAGGAUGGGACGUGUGCGUGUUCCUCUUGAAAGGUAUAAUGGUCUUUUGGAGACAAAUAGUAAUAAAAAAAAUAAAAACUACAGUUUCAAUCAGGUUGUAGAGAAUCAAUAUCAUCUCUAAUAAACACUGAAUACCAAGGCAAUAAACGAUGAUCUAACAAUAAAAUCUUUCAAUAAGAGGAAGAGAAGGUUCCGAAGGAAAACUGCAGAACUAUCAAAUAUCUAUCUAUCUAUCUGAAUCAAAGAGCUUAGACAUCUCUUCCAUUGCCAAAGCACAUAUGUGACAACAACGGCAACGAUACAAUGACAAACAAAAUAAGGACUUGGUAAUAGUCUUUCUUCAUUGUUUCUGCCACAUACCUGCUUUUCUGUAACUGUUACAGGUUGUUGUAAAAGACGGGGGUUUGGAGCACAACUGUGUUCAUUGUUUUUUUCUUCCUUUGUUUUUGUCUGUGUUCUGAGUCUGAAACCUGAUUUUCUGAGUACGCCUGUGGAAAAGUCUGUGAGCUGCAUGCAAACUGAACCGCUUUUUACAUCCGCUGUUUGAGAUGGUUUUCCAACAAAAUAUCGGGGAAGUAUUUGUCCUGCUGGCUUUUUCCUCACACUGCAGUGAGCCUAUGUUAACUGAUACGCUUCAUUUUCUAUUUUCCAGUUACUUUAUUGUGUUUUUUUCAUUUUUGACUUGCUUAAGCUAUAUUUGUAUAGCACUCUUCUUCAAAUUACAAAGUGCUUUAAGACUUUUUUGAACUCUCUUGAAUAUGUUUUUAUUUAUGUUGCACCUUGUCAGAGUUCUUUGUUGCCCUUUUCAUUUUCUUCUUUUUUUAUAUUUUCUUUUGUGCUGAUUUGCCCUCUAUGGCGACAUGUAUUCUAACCUCAAUGAGGGACUUGUACAGUGUUACCCUCCCCUUUCAUCCUGAUGACAGUCAGACCUCAGCCAUGUUACCUCCCCAACCUCACUCUUGGAUUGACAGAUCGAGUGCAGCACUCCAAACCAAACCUGCAGACUGACCUGCAGCUUUGGUUCUCCAUAAUUUCCUCAGUGGCUCUGAAAGCAGAAAUACUCCGACAGAGAGUAAAUGUUCCAUAGCUCUCGUUUUAAGGGUGAAUCAGGAGGUUCAAGGUCUUUGUUAUCAAAGCUCAAGAAGAGCUUUUUAGUUCCUUUGAUUAUCAAAUGGAAUCAGACUGAAGGUAUUACAACAUCUGGCCAAAUGAAAUGACCUCAUUGAAUUAACUGGUUAAAGGAAUAGUUUGACAUUCUGGGAAAUAUGCCAACUGCCUUUCUUGUCUGAAUGCUAAAUAUGAAGAUACAGCCAGGAGACAGUUAGCUUAGCAUAAAGACUGGAAACAGAGGGAGACAACUAGACAACUGUGAAGUGACCUGCUGACCUUCCAGGAUCAUGACUACAUUGAAAAAAACAGUUGCUGUUCCCUUUUUCUUCUCCGUAUUAGCUUAUUUUUGCUUUGAAAAACCACACAGUGAGGUUUCUGCUCUCAGAUCCACUCUGCUUCACAUAAAUGUUUGUAGAACUCAAACCACGAUCUCCGGGAUGUAAUAAUGUGGCCUCGGUCUGACCUGUGGCUGUUCCAUGAUACUGUAUGCCUUGUGGCUGUAUAAAAUAGCCCUAUGCCUAUGGAACCUGGUGUCUUCUGGUGAGCUACAUGUGUGUAUGUGACUAUAUACACACCUUGUUGCUAUUUAUUUAUGUAUUGUAUGUAUUCAUUUGAUUAUUUAUUUAUUUAUUCCUGCGUCCUAUUUAUUGGUUCGGCACCUGUGGCGUAAUUGACAAUUGUCAAUACAUUGGUGUAUGAUGUGGAGGAGGGGAGGGGGGUGGUGGAUGGAUUUUUGGGUUCUGGUGGGGGAUGGGGUGGGGGGGUGGCUGUGGUAAAUGGAAAAAACCUAGCUGUGAUACUAACUCUAACUGUUGCUCUCCUCGUAUUGGACGAUGAUAUAAUCUAAGACCACUGUAUGUAUAACUGCUUGUCGUGAAGAUGAACUACAAUGUAAUGACAAUAAAGAAUUAACACUAUGUUGACACAC